CAUUGAUGUGCAUUUGUUUUCGGCUGUUCCACCCUAAUUGAGCCUUUCUCCUCUCUGGUUUAUCUCCUCCGCCUUCAGCUUGCGGUUAUCAAUCGCCAUGGAUUUCUUCUUUCACUAACUUUGAUUCACUAUCCUUGUUUUCGUUCAUCUUUCUACUCAUUCUUCUUCUUCUUGUGAAAUUUUGUUUGCGCUGUUUAAUUUUGAGCGGUUAGAGAGAGUGCGAGAAGAUGCCAUCCAACGGCCCUGAUUCGCAGUCGCAGCAGCAGUCUGCACAUCAUACGGAGCAGAAUCAGCAACCGCACAAACAACCGCAACCGCAUCCGCAGCCGCCACCGCAGUGGUGGAUGGCGAUGCAGUAUCAAGCGGCGCCGAUGAUAAUGCAUGAUCCGAUGAUGCCGCCGCAGCAUUACAUGCCUUUAUCUUCACCGCACCGUAUUCCUUAUGGUCGACCGCCGCAUCAGGUUAACGGCCAGCAGCACCAGCAGCCGCCGCACCAGGAAUCCACCAGCGAGAACAAGACUAUUUGGGUCGGCGAUUUGCAGCAUUGGAUGGACGAGAAUUACCUCCAUAGCUGUUUCGCUUCCACCGGCGAGGUUUCUUCCAUUAAAGUCAUUCGUAAUAAGCAAACUGGUAUAUCUGAAGGCUAUGGAUUUGUAGAAUUUUUAUCUCAUACAACAGCAGAGAAAGUUCUGCAUAAUUAUUCUACAGUUUUGAUGCCUAAUACCGAGCUUACUUUCCGGUUAAACUGGGCAACAUCUAGCACGGGUGACAAGCGUUCAGAAAAGGGUUCUGAUCUUUCUAUUUUUGUCGGAGAUUUAGCAGCAGAUGUUACCGAUAGUAUACUACAAGAAACUUUUGCGAGUAAAUAUUCAUCUGUCAAAGCAGCAAAAGUUGUCUAUGAUCCAAAUACUGGUUGUUCAAAAGGUUAUGGUUUUGUGAGGUUUGGUGAUGAUAACGAGAGGUCUCAGGCCAUGACUGACAUGAACGGCGUAUAUUGCUCAAGCAGGCCUAUGCGCAUUGGUGCAGCAACGCCCAAAAAGUCCUCUGGAUAUCAGCAUCAAUAUUCUUCUCAAGGAUAUGGAUCAAAUGGCUCAUUCACCCAUGGACACCAGUCUGAUGGAGAUUCUACAAACACAACUAUUUUCAUUGGAGGGCUUGAUCCGAAUGUUACGGACGACGAUCUUAGGCAACUAUUUUCUCAGCAUGGUGACAUUGUAUCUGUUAAGAUACCAAUUGGAAAAGGUUGUGGAUUUAUUCAGUUUGCAAACAGAAAGAAUGCUGAAGAGGCAUUGCAGAAAUUAAAUGGAACUGAAAUUGGCAAGCAAACAGUACGUCUUUCUUGGGGGCGCAGUCCUGCGAAUAAGCAGCACCGAGCUGAUUAUAGUAACCAGUGGAGUGGAGCCGCCUACUAUGGAGGGCAGAUGCAGAUGUAUGGGGGAUAUGGAUACGCAAUGCCGUUACCUUAUGAUCCACCAACCAUGUAUGCUGCAGCAUCAUAUGGAGCUUACCCUAUGUACGGCACCCAUCAACAGCAAGUGAGCUGAUUGGAAGGUAGAGGAAACAAUCCUUUGUUCUAAUAAAGGCAAUUGUCCGGUUUGAAGCCUGGGGUCGGUAAAUCUUCAACGUUUCUCUGUAGGAUUUCACUAUCUAUAAUGGGCAAAGUUGCUACAUUUCCGAAUGUUCAACUUUGUUCGCGAGGUUUUCUAUAAAUCCCUCCACCAUGGAGCGAAACCGAAUUUUGAUGGACCGGGUUAUGUAGAAUAUGAUCUACUAACUAUUCGUUUGAGACUGCUAGAACUAAUAAGGUACUUAAAAAUGUUUGUUAGAAAAUAUAAUGUUAUGGGCUUGUAGCUUUAGCUAAGAUUGUUCUGCGCUUGCUAUUCAGACAUUAUCACAUAGAUAAGAUUCCGAUUGUUGUUA